GAGCUCCUAGUCGGAUAUUCGUAAAUUAUUGACCAAAUACCGCCUAUUUUUUAAAUUUAUUAAAGUAUUUUCUGUGAAUUUUAUUAACUACAAUAUUUCUGAUAUUGUUAUAUGUAUUUUGAUUGAAUAAUUUGUAUUUGUACAUGACAUCGGCAUGACACGGUGUGUCAUGCCGAUGUCGACUAGUGCUGCCGCGAGUGGCCGAUAGUCGAGGUGACUACAGAGUGAAGUUAGUUAUAAUCAUGGAGUUACUUGUGGUAAUUAUUUCAUAGGAGAUGCUCACAUAUGUUUACAUUAACUUUUGUGAAAACUUUAAGUUAAUUUUUGAUAAAUAAGUUAUUAAAAAAUAUAAAUUUAAUUUUGUGAAAGUUUUAUAAUAUUGAAUAUUUUUACCCCAAAUAAUGUCGACGAAAAAACGUAAAGUGGAUAGUGAGUGCCGCGUUUUUCAAGAGAAAUGGACAAACAUGUACUUUUUUGUGGCGCAAGGGGAAAAAUGCUUAUGCCUUAUUUGCAAGGAAAGUUUAUCUGUAUUUAAAGAACAUAACAUCAAACGACAUUACGAUUCCAAACAUAAGCAGACAUAUAACAAAUACGUCGGUGUGUGCCGCGAAAAUAAAAUUACAAAUUUACAAAGUGAAAUUGGCGGAUUAACCAAAGUAUUUAACAACGCGAAAAAUAUUAAUGAGUCGAUUGUGCGAGCUAGCUAUCGAGUAGGUCACAUAAUAGGCAAAGAAGUUCAUCCAUUUUCAGAUGGGGAAUUUGUUAAAAGGUGCUUAAUGGCGGUAGUGGAAGAAGUGUGCCCGGAAAAAAAAAGUGCAUUCGAAUCUGUGAGUUUAUCACGUAUGACAAUGACACGAAGAAUAGAAGAUUUAGGAAGUGAUCUUAUGGUACAAUUAAAAUCAAAAGCAAGUCAGUUCAAAAUGUUUUCCAUUGCUACAGAUGAAUCUACGGACGUGACUGAUAUUGCGCAAUUGCUUGUAUUCAUCCGUGGAAUAAAUAAUAGUUUUGAAGUUACGGAGGAACUUGCUGCAAUGAAAAGUAUUAAAACAACUACUACGGGUGAAGAUUUAUUUAAGGAAGUAUCCGAAAUUUUUGAUGAUCUUAACCUUGACUGGAAUAAAUUAACGGCCAUAACUACAGAUGGCGCUCCAUCUAUGGUUGGUCGGCACAAUGGGCUAGUAGCCAGAUUAAGGAAAAAAGUGCUGGAAUCAAAUGGAUCACCGCCGUUGGAUAUACAUUGUAUCAUUCACCAACAAAAUCUUUGUGGAAAAAUUUUAAAUUUAGAUCAUGUUAUGAAGGUAGUUACUAAAUCCGUAAAUUUAAUAAGAUCAUAUUCUACGAAUCACAGAAUAUUCAAAGAAUUUCUUUUACAAAUUGGAGCCGAAUAUGGUGAUGUGGUUUAUCAUAGCGAAAUCCGCUGGCUGAGCCGCGUGGAUGUUUCUACGGCGCCAGGUGAUUUACAAUUAGAAUUAAUUGAAUUGCAAUGCCAAACACCAUUACAGGAUCUUUUUCGCGAGAAGUCCUUACCAGAUUUUUAUGCAGCGUUAGAUUCUUAUCCGAAUUUGAGAAACCUUGGAAUGAAAAUGACAACGGCGUUUGCAAGCACGUACAUUUGUGAACAAACAUUUUCAACUUUAAAAAGAGCCAAACCAGCGUCUCGCGCUCGACUUUCAGAUGAUCACCUUCAUUCCAUAUUAAGGAUGAACGUCACUCAACUUGAACCAAAUAUUAAAAAAUUAGUUUCUGAAAAACAACAUCAGACUUCACAUUAA